CACACACACACACACACACACACACACACACUCACAUAGACACUCACGGCACUAUCGCCAACCUUUCAUCAGACGCACACUGAACAGUGUGAGCGAGUGCUGUUAUUGCCUAUCUCGGGAGCCUACGGAUCGAAGAGAGAAAAAGUGGGAGGGGCACUCAAACACUGACACACGCUCAUGCACACAUACACAGGCACCCAGAGUGCAGAGAGCUGCUCUAACCACUGGAUCCUCUCCUCAAAGACGCCGGCAUCCCUCUGGAAUAGCAAGAACGUAUUGAGUGCGUGUGGGUGUGUUUGUGUGGCAUUGUGUGUAGAAAUGAGUUUGGCUGCUUGGGUUUCUGCGCACUAUGUUAAUUGUUGUCAGUAGAUCUUUGACACAGUCUUUAGAUCUUUGACGCACUCAAGCGUUCCAAUCAGCGACACAGAUCCAGCCAAUACGCUGCUUGUGUGUGGGAGUGUGUUGACAUAUGUGUCUGUCGUAUUGAGUUACACUUUCGCCGUGCGUGUAGUAAGUCCUGGAUGCCUUUUUACCCUGGAGGAAGAAGACAUGUGAAAGCCAUGCCAUGGGACCCUCUAUCCUGGACGUGGAGCUGUAGUGGGACACGGUAGUGGUGUGUGUGUGUGUGUGUGUGUGUGUGUGUGUGUGUGUGUGUGUGUGUGUGUGUGUGUGUGUGUGUGUGUGCGUGUGUGUGUGUGUGUGUGUGUGUGUGUGCGUGUGUGUGUGCGUGUGUGCGUGUGUGCGUGUGUGUGUGUGUGACUGUGAGCGGGGCGGGUGGAGGAAGAGGAGGACGGGGUCAGGGGAAGGCUGAGGUCUCAAGAUGGGCAACAGCAUCCACAAGAAGAGAGCCCGUAGCGGUUUGCCGGAGUCGAACCUCAGCCCUGGUCCCAUCAGACCCAGGAGGAGCUUCUGGCUGCUGGGGCGUCCGGAGAAAGUAAAGACAGCCGGCCCCAGGAGGCAUGAGGAGCAGAAGGGGCUGUCGGUCCACUACCGGGCCUCCCAGCAUUACCCGGAGAACGUGUUCAUCGAGGGAAACCGCUCCCGCUACCUGGAGGACCUGCACACCGAGGCCCAGGAGGGCCUCAAGAUCCUGCAGCAGGAAGAACAUCUCAUCGAUGGAAGCUUCCCCGAUGAUCAAAGUGUUUCCUCCUCCAACACUCUCCGACCCGAGCAGGACCUCUACUCCCUGGACAGCGGCUGUUCCCCGGAGCACGGAGGAAUCAUCGCCGGGAAUUCAGUCACCACGCUAAGCACUGCUUCAGCCACGUCCACCAGACCUGUUCUCACCAGACAAGCUUCCACCUUCAAACCCCUGAACAGCACAGAUACCCUAAAGAAACCAGACAAGAGCACCAGGAAGAAGACCAGAAGGACCACCAUCAUGGGUAUACCCCAGCAGGUCCAGAGGGAGAUUGCACAACAGAGGAGCUCUACGUUCCAGCCCAUCGUGUCUCCCAACCUCACCAACGGCGACACGCAGGGCAACGACGGCCUAUCAGGAGUCCUCGUCAUCCCGACUAUCAAUGGAGAGACUCCAGUAGCCAAUCAGGAGGGAGCAAGGGUGAACCUAUCUGAUCUCGAGGUGUCCAGAGAGGACCAGCUGCUGAGGAAGCACCUCCAGGCAGUGUACCAGGAGGAGCAGCUCUCAACCCCCCAGGACCCUGGCUACCAUCUCAUGACAACCAUCAGCCAGAGACCCAAGUCUCUCGCUGUGCCUGGCAUUACCACUUCCUGCUCGGCAUUCAGCUUCCUCCAUGAGCCCCAGGGUCCGGUGAUGUCCAUCUCCCCCCAAGCCACCUACUUGUCUAAGAUCAUCCCCAACGCUGUGCUGCCAGCCUCCGUCGAGGUCAUCCAGAUCAGCCGCUGUGGAGGCCGACCCCUCGGCGGCCUGGGCCUCCACGGAGGCAGUGUUCGAGCAGUGAGCAAGAGCAGUCUCACGUCCGCGGACUCGUCGGUGAGCCCUGUCUCUUCACGGCGGUCCGACGGCGAGGGCUCCAACGCCGACAACUCCCAGACAUCCUCAACCGUGAUGGAGUCAAACUGCAGCCGGUCUCGGUCUUCUUCAGAGAUGACGACGACGACGACCAACACACACUCCACAAAGCAGAGUGGAGAGGUGGUGAACCCACAGACGAUGGUCGGGCUCGAGGUGCAGGGCAACCCUUCAUCAGAGCCCAACGGAGGGCAAGACCACGUGAGCGUGUGCAGCUCAAUGAGCUGGCUGAGCAGCCCCAGUGACAACCCCGGUAGCCCCGGUAUGGGCCAGGGGUCGGACUGUGAAGCUUCGGGGUCGGUGUCCGGUGGGGAAGACAUGAGGUGCAGUCAUUCCUUCACUCGUAAUCUGUCUGUUGUGAAGACCAAGCUGCCACCGGCACCCCCGCAGAGAACCAACUCUCUGCAUGGUAAUAAGGUGAGGAAGAACUCAAAACACCCGCUGGUUAUCAAAGAUCCCAUCGACUCUGUGACAGCGAGCGCUGAAAAUGAGCCAUCACAGACCGAUAUUCAGUGCGUCGUUUCUGAAAGCACUAAGGAAGAGCCUCAAUCCAUCUCGGUUGCUGUUCCCAUUUCUAGGAAUGAGGUCACAUCAUCACAAUCCUCCGUUUCCUUAAACCCUUUUCCCGACUCUAAUAGUGGGGUUGGAGAACCGUCAAACCCACCAUCAGUAUCCUCUUCCUCCCUACAGAAGACUCGCUCAGAGGGGAGCAACUCUGAAAGGACCAUGUCCCCUUCCAGUGGCUACUCCAGUAGGAGUGGCACCCCAACACUCUCCCCAAAAGGGAUCUCUCCGACAUCGCCCGACAAACAGAAGAAAAGACCGGUCAAGCCAGAACGAUCUGGAUCUCGGGCCUCAUCAUCGCCAGCCUCUCCCUCAUCCUCCCUCACCUCUCUCUCGUCUACUUCCUCUGAUCCAACCAAUCAAGAGGUCUCGGUCAAUAUCCCCUGUACAGCUCAGCAGGACUCGCCGCCUUCAACCGAGAAGUUCACACAAGUUUGUUUUUCUCCUUUGUUUGCCGACCGAGAGGUGUUCAACAUCCCCCCGCCUCCGAAGGUCAAAGCUCCAUGUGCCCCGCCCCCAGAUGUGUGGGCUCACAACAAACGCAGCGUGGAGCUCCUUCUUGGCCCUCCCUCAUACAGCAGUAGACCAGUGUCCACAAAGACAUGCUCCUCACAGACGACGGAAACGCAGGCUGAAGCCAACCAUGGGGCCAUCACUGUGGACGUCAUGCAAACACCAGAAAGCCAUGAAGCGGUCCCCCAUGAGAAGUCCCUGUUAGAGGACAUUUUGGAGACUGUUACCAAGGGGCUUGAUAGCAAAGCAGGAAGCUGUUCAGCCCCAGAGGAAGUAGAUCCAACAACAGAUGUCCAAUGGGAGGAGCAGAGUAGCAGCCCAGCAAUAAAGGACACAGAAAGUCAGGAGAAGACAAUGAAGAAGCAGCCGCCUCCUGUCAUGAAGAAAACCACAGCACCAGGAACGAUCCGGGAUGAAUUGUUAUCAAGAAAGAUGCCGAUAGAAGAACCACCGCAGCAGCAGACAGAAUGUAGUGAUGCGAGAGACGAUGUUGUUCGCAGGCAGGAUCCCACACCUGCACCACAGCCUGACAUUCAAGUCAGUCGCAGUGAGGAGGAAACACUCGCAGCCAUGCAGACACCAACCGAAGCAACCUCCAACGCUACGAAGAAAGUCGACAAGGGCUCGCCUCCUCCUUCCCCACCCCCUGCCUACCACCCCACACCUCCUCCCUCCAGAAAGACACCUCCCUCGCCAAUAUCCCUCCCAUCCUCAGUGGUGUUAGAAGGAGUACAGGAGGAGGCCCACACCAUCGAGACCUGUUGGCCACCGCCUCCUCCACCUCCUCUAGAAGGGGACAUGGGCUUUGAAGGAGGAGAUGAAGUGGACUUCCCUCCACCUCCGCCAUUCGUGACAGAAGUUCUGCCAGACGUGAUCCACGGAUGCAUCGCAGCCACAAAGGGCCCAGAGCAACCAGGUGCAGCUUUAGAAGAGGCUAAACUGACGACAGAAAAUUCCUGCAGUAGGGAAGGGCAAAAGAACGAAGAAGAAGUUAUGUCCGUCAAUAUGCCUGCAGAUGAAGAAAGGAGCGCGCUAGAGGGGGCUGCGACAUGUCGUGACAUUAACUGCAUUGACUUGGACAACAAUCUGUUACAGGACGUUUUGCCUCUGUCAGAGGAUGUGCCACCUCCUCAAAAGGAGGCUACCUCCACUCUACCAACGACUUUAGAGAUACCACUGUCGAACCCUAAUCUAGUGCCCUUGAGCAGUGUUUCCCCUGCACUUUUAUCGGCUCCAACGGAGGAUCAUAUCAGUGCCCCCUUUUCACCUCCAACGAUUGUCCCACAAGCCCCUUCUCCACCAGCCGAAAAUAAAUAUCCCGGUGUCAAUUUCAGAAGGCAGCCGAGUCAAGCAAACAGAGACACAAGAAGCAAAGAAAUCCUUUCACGCCACAAAAGCGUACCCAUUCCCAAAGAGGACGCCAACAUCCCACUUGUCACGCCUUCUCUGCUUCAGAUGGUUCGCCUCAGAACGGUCAGCAUGGCUGAAGAUGAAAUGAACGCCGGCCAAACAGAAGACCACAACAUGCCCUCGAACGAGGGGCUGAAGUCGGCCCAGAACAACUGCCCAGUCCCAACCUCAGGGCAGCAAACUACUCCCCAAAAGCCUGUUCGCAAGUCGUUGUCUUACAAAUCAACACACACGAAAACGUCUGCGGUCACUCUUCACUCCCCCUCGAUGCGGCUACAGGAGGCCAUCCGCAUGAAGACCGCGGCAAUGUCUUCGAGGGACUGCCUGCCCUCCAGACUCGGUUCCCGAUUGCCGAUGAGUAGCGGCCUCGGUGAAUCAGGGACCUUUGACCCACUCAGGUCCUCGGCCUCCACUGCUAGCUUCAUCUUCUCCAAGAGCACAAAAAAGGUUGUGAUCGGGACGGCGACCUCUGCCGAAGCCCACGCCGGCCUGAAGCAGAGCCUGGCGGCCGAGCUGAUGCAGGUCACGGAACGAACCAAAGACGCCACUGUACACAACUUGGAGGUGAAGUGGGAUAAAGUCCCACCACCAGUGGCCAAGAAACCAGCGCAUGGAAGCCCCGCUCGUGCAAACCAUCGAGAAUUGAGAACGGAGGAGAACACAGGAGAAAAUGGAGGAGGGGCAACCGCACCACCUGAAGGACACGGAAUAUCUUCGGCGGAAACGACUACAACCACUGUGACGUCGGACACAAUAGAAACACUUUUUUAAGAAAGUGACAUCCUGUUAGAAAUCAAAGACUAAACAAGAUGGUGGUUGGAGAAAGCAAGUACUACCAGUGGAAGAGAAACGUCAGCAGCAGACAAAAUGUCAGCCUUCAAGAUUGUGACAUUUAGCUUAGCUAUCUGAGGUUUUGUGUGUGGAAAGUCUUUUUAAAAGCCUUAGCCUGAAUUGGCCCUUGUUUAUAUUUAUGCAAAAAAUGUCUCGGCCCAAGUUUCUUAUCAUAGCUUUAUGUGAAAUAUUUUUAUAAAAUAGAUUAUCUCUUGUAUUAAGGCCCCUCAGGAUGACAUGGUGUGUUGAUGCUGGACUGUACAUAGUUGAUUUGACAAAACAGCGCCUCCCUGAGGAUUACCUAGGUAGUGGACACUGCAGUUCAGAGAACAGAAGAAGUGUGUUAAAUGUACAGAUGCAGAUUGAUUUGUGCAUAACAGUGUUAUGCACAAAGGAAAGUGCAUAGCAAAGGAAAAGUCACUCAAAAGCCAUAAUCAUUCCCCAAUCAAGGUUUAAUCUUUUGUUUUACUUUACCAUUUGUUAUUGAUUAGACUAAAACCAAUUAAGUCACCAUCACUCAAGUUAUUCCUAAUUUCAAUACAAAAAGUAGAUGGUGUUAAUAUACAAAAUCAGAGGAAGAUAAAUUUCUUCAUCCACAAUACGUUUCAAUUUGUUCUCCUGCACAAUCAAAAAUGUUUUUACAAGACGUUAUUUAUUAAGAGUUGUAUGAUCUAGGUCACUUGUUUUACACAUUUCCCCAGUCAUAACAUUUAUUUUCAACCCCAGUCUUUGGCCAUGUUAAAGAAUGAAUUGGUCUGAAAUGAUUGAAACACUGGACUAAAUCUAUUAUAUACUAAAGUUGAGUUGUUAUUUGCCCAAGACUAUUCUGUACAAUAUAGCUAAUAACUUUAUUUGCACAAGAAUCCCCUUUAUGAGGUUUCCGACCAAGACAAAGACUAUCUUCUUACGGAGUCACAAAUUGAAUAUUCAAAAGAAUAAUGUACAGUUAUUACUUCUAUAAACUUUAUUACAAAUA